CAGGCCAGCCAGGCCCUGCUGCUCUUCAUGGGCAUCACCUACCUGGUGUCGCCUUUCGGUGGCUGGUUGGCCGACGCCCUCUUGGGCAAGUUUGGCACCAUCCUGCUCAGCAUGGCGCUCUACCUGCUGGGCAUGCUGGCCUUCCCUGUCAUCGCCGCGCCGCACACCCGCCAAGGCCUCUGUGGGGACAUCCCCUUGUUCCCCGUAGAGAACUGCUCCUCUCCGGUGGCCAAUGCCACCAUGGCGCCUUGCUCCCAGGUGGGAGCCAUCCGCUACUGUGCCACCGCCAUCUUCGUUGGAGUGGUCCUCGUGGGGCUGGGCGUCGGGUCGGUCAAGGCCAACAUCACCCCUUUUGGGGCGGACCAGGUCAAAGAUCGGGGUCCAGAAGCCACAAGAAGAUUUUUUAAUUGGUUUUAUUGGAGCAUUAAUUUGGGAGCUAUUCUCUCUCUGGGAGGCAUUGCAUACAUUCAGCAGAAUGUGAGCUUUGUCAUUGGAUAUAGUAUCCCAACAGUUUGCAUUGGGAUUUCGUUCAUGGUUUUCUUAUGUGGUCAGAGUUUCUUCAUCACAAAACCGCCUGAUGGUAGUGCCUUCACAGACAUGUUUAAAAUUCUCGCAUAUUCUUGUUGCUCAAGGAAGAGACAUGUGGAACAGUCAACUACUAGCGAAGGCCAAGGAGUAAUUCAGCAACCUCGCAAGCAAAGCCUGUUUGAGAUGGCCAAGCUGUCUCGUGGGGGCCCAUUCAGAGAAGAUAAAGUAGAAGAUGUGAAAGCUCUUGUCAAGAUUAUCCCUGUCUUUUUGGCUUUAAUACCUUACUGGACGGUGUAUUUUCAAAUGCAGACAACUUAUGUAUUGCAAAGUCUCCAUCUGAAAAUUCCUGAAAUAUCAAAUGACACCAACUCUAUUCAUACG